AUGAGCACGACACUGCUAGUGCAUCCGACCUCACUCUCGCUCACGACACUGCCGAGGGUGGGACCCUCGACGGCGCUCCAGUUCCCGACCCGGUUUCCCAAGGGUGCUGAACCGCGGACAGCCAUGUCGCCUGCUGGACACACGUACCUGUGGGCGGACUCUCUGCCUGUCGUCUGGGAAUAUGACUCGAAGGGAAGGCGAGUCGGCGAGAUCAAGCUGACAAGCUCGAGGGAGAGAGUCAAGGCUGUCGGGUGUGGGGAGGGUGUUGUUAUUGCGUCUACGGCGGGAACUGGGAUUUGGAAACGGGUGGAGGGCAAGUGGACCAGGACGACGGAGCUUGAACAGCCACUGCCCUUCCUCGCUCUGACGAAGGCAGGUCUGCUCUACCCCUCUCCCGAAGGACUCACUCUCCACCCCCUCGACUCCUCCACUCCCACGACCUUCUCCCUUCCCUCCCCCGCAACGCAUAUCUCAGCAUCCAAAACCGGCCGCGUGGCCAUCUGUUCCGGCACGGAUCUGCACUUCCUCACCCUCUCGACCGGGGACGUCUCGACCGUCUCCCUUCCCGAACCCGUUGACUCCAGUACAUGGAUAGACGGCUCGAACGUUGCCGUCCGCGCCUCGGGCCGGCUGUACCUCGUCACCUCCGAGGGAGACGUGAGCGAGACCUCUCUCGACCCCGUCCUGAACAUUCACGUCCUGCCGCCCAAGCGUCGUCCCUGCUCCCGCGCCAGUAUCAGCACAAUCGGGGGUGGAAACGUCUUAGGCGAGUCCUCGGCGCCGAACAGGCCCGACCGCCGCGUGUCCGACAUUGCGCACAGCGCCGUGUCGGGCGAGAAAGGGGAUAAGCGGCGGCUAGUGUCCGCCCCAGCGCUGCCGGCCAUUGAACGACUGAGAAGUGAGAACGGAACGGCUAAGGAACGCACGCCGAAAGCGACGCCGAAGAAUACACGCAGCAGCCCGCAAAGUGUCCGUACCGGCGGAACAGUAAGGAUCCAGCCUCUCGACCCGCAGGCGACGCGCAUGGGCGCGGUGAUCGAGGAGACGGCGUCGAUUGCGUCGAGUCCCGCGGGAUCGGUGGCCUCGCGCCGCGUCUCGGGCGACUGGGCCACGCCCACAUCUCACCCUGCCCCAGGCCACUCCCCGCAUCCCUCCCUCUCCGCCCCGACGCAGGCCGCACAGCUCGAGUCGCCCGUAUCCAUCACGGACUCUUCCAGCAAUGGAUAUCCCGAGGGCUCGGGAGGCAUCAGCGUCGUCGCAUUCGAAGAGAUGCGGCGCGAGAUUGCAAACCUCCAACUGGACAUGCUCCGCAUGGGCCGAGGACUCAAGAAUGAGAUUCGCGCGGCGGUUAGCCCUCUCGUCGAGGAGAUUAGGGCCAAUCGGGAGGUUAUUGCGAAGCAGAGGGAGGAGAUUGAGCGGCUUAGGAGGGGAUACUAA